AUGGAUCUUCAGGCGAAGCCGAGGAAGAUGAAGAAACCCCGUUGGCUCUCUCUGCUCCUGAGGUCGACGUUCUUCGGCCUUUGCCAGCACCACGGGGAGUUGAAGAAGAGCGAGGUCAACACGUACUGCCUGGAUUGUGGAAAGUCCAUGUGCCUUCACUGCUGGUCGUCUCUCUCGUCGGCCCCGGAGAAUCCCCACGACGGGCACAAGUUCCUCCAGAUCCGUCGCUACGUCUACCAGGACGUCAUCCGCGUCAGCGACCUGCAGAAGUACGUGGAUUGCUCCAAAGUCCAGGUACUGCUCUCGGUUUGAUCUGGUCUUGUUCGUGCAAGAAAUCCUUCGGGACCUUGUGAUGGAGUUCUGAGUUCUUUGCGGUUUGAUCGGGCAGUCGUUUAUCGUGAACGGGGCCAAGGUUGUGUUGCUGAACCCUAAAAGGCAGACAAAAUCCGCGACUCCGGCGAGCAAUGGACUAUCUCCCUGCGGAAUCUGCCGGAGGAUGAUCCCGGAGCCGAAUCGAUACUGCUCGAUCGCCUGCAAGGUGAGAAGAAAUCUCUCUCCUCCCUCCAGCGAUGCUUCAAGAAGAAAACACAGACGAAAUCCAGUCUCGAAUUAGAAAUCGCCACUUUCGACGAUAUUCUCCAUUCGUCCCUCCCUUAUUUCUUCUCUCCUUGCGUUCUUCCUCUUUCCCGUCGUCAUAUCGAUCUCCUGAUCGGAUCUUUCGGGAAAUAUGUUGCAGGCGGCGGCGAUGGAAGGCGAAAACGACUCCUCCGAGCCAAAGCCGUCCAUGUCCCCCGAAAACUCCGAGCUCGAGGACUCCCCUUCAUCUCCACUGGAGGGCGGCGCCUCCUCCGCCGUCGUCUGCUACCGGCCGCCACCUUCUUCUCCGUCCAGCCUCGACCAGGACCGCACGAGGCCAGCCCCUCCGGAAUCCUCGGCAGGAAGGAGACUGAGCAAGAGGAAGGGGAUACCCGAGAGGGCCAGAUUCUUCUGA